GUUAGCAAAACAUCCAUUUUUCUAGAAUUCUGAAGCACUGUACAAAUCGUGAAAUCCCUUCUUCUAAAGCAGCAGCAGUUACCAUGCUCAAAUCUACCCCACGGAGCCAUUCUAUCUGGAAAUUGCUAGACACCUGGUCCUCCACACGUCAACCUCUAGCAAAUUCCAUUAUCUUCUGCCAGGUUUCAGGUUUCCAUUAAUAGUUAUCUUGGUUCAAAUUGGUUUCUGGAGGGAAAUUUUAUAUGUAAUUUUUAAGAGAGGACAAAACCAUGGCUCCAAAGCGUUCUGGGAAGGGAAAGAAGAAGAAGGUGAUAGGGACUGUAUUGAGGUCUAGUAAGCGAGUUGUUAAAGAAACUGUGAAACUUGCUGUUAUUGAGGGAGACACUCAAGAAUCAACACAAGAAGAUCAAAAUGGAGAUACAGAAGAGGUUGAUGUUCCUGAUAAAGAGCCUCUGGUCAGGACCAUUCCUGUUGAAGAAAAUGUUGAGGAAGGAAACCAAACAAUUGAAAUUUCAGUCAAGAAGCCUAAGAAAGAAAGAGAAAAGCCAUCGAAAAAAGAUACUUUCACAGAAAAACAAGAACCAUCAAAGACUACAAGAACAAAGAAGACAACCCAGGAAGGGAAAGGGCAGGAGAAGAAGAAGAAGAAGAAGAGGGGGAGAAGGGGAAUAGAAUCAGGUGGUGAAGGUUAUAAAAGAUAUGUAUUUAGGGUACUGAAGCAGGUACAUCCGGAGCUGAGAAUAUCAUCAAUGGCGAUGAGCGUUAUUAACAGCUUGAUGAAGGACAUGUUUGAGAGGAUAGCUGAUGAGGCAGCAAAUCUUUCACAGCACAGCCACAGAAUGACACUCUCAUCCAGGGAGAUUCAGGAUGCAGUGAAGCUUGUUUUGCCUGGAGAACUUGGGAGGCAUGCCAUUGCUGAGGGUUCUAAAGCUAUAACUAACUAUAUGUCUUAUGAGACGAAAGGGUCCAAGGCCUAGCAUUUGUUAAUAUAGAGUCAAGUCUCUUGAAACCAAUAGGUGUUCUAUAAGUCUUAACAAGUUUGCUUUUAAUUGGUAUCGUAGUGUGUUAGAAUUUGGCUUUGUAUUAUAUGCAAAGGCUACAUUUUGGAGGAAUGUGCA